UCACACAUCAUGUCUAAUCUCGUUGUUGAAACCACUACUCCUAAAGGAUACAAGCUUAAGCUCCAAACUGGUUUGUUCAUCAACAACCAAUUCGUGAAGGGUUCAGACACUAUUGACACUGUCAAUCCUGCUACUGGAAAGGUUAUCUGUGCCGUCCAAGCUGCUGAGGCAAAGGACGUGGAUGCUGCUGUUGAGGCCGCUGAAGCAGCUUUCCAAGGUCCCUGGAAAAACAUGCCUGCUCUUCAACGUGCUGCCUUGAUGCACAAGUUGGCCGACCUCAUUGACAGAGAUAAUGAAGAACUUGCUCAAAUCGAAACUCUUGAUAACGGUAAGGGUAUCACCUUCUCUCGUCUCUUUGAUGCCAAACAAAUUGCAAUUUCCCUUCGCUACUUUGCUGGCUUUGCCGAUAAGGUACACGGUAAGGUCAUUGAUACCGAAGGCUGUCUUUCCUACACACGUCACGAACCUAUUGGUGUCUGUGGUGCCAUCAUUCCCUGGAACUUUCCCUUGAUGAUGUUGGGUUGGAAGUUAGGCCCUGCUUUAGCUACUGGUAACACCAUUGUGGUCAAGACUUCCGAAAUGACUCCUCUCUCCGCCCUCAAGGUUGCUCAACUCGUUAUCGAAGCUGGUUUCCCUCCUGGUGUGAUCAAUAUCAUUACCGGCUAUGGUGCCAAGGCUGGUGACGCUUUGGCUCGUCACAUGAAGGUCGCCAAGAUCGCUUUUACAGGUUCCACUCUUGUGGGUCGUAUGGUCAUGAAGGCUGCUGCUGAAAGCAACCUCAAGAAGGUUACACUUGAAUUAGGCGGUAAAUCACCCAACAUUAUCUUUGACGAUGCCGACUUGGAUCAAGCCGUCCGAUGGGCCCAUAAGGGUAUCUUCUUCAACCACGGUCAAUGCUGCUGUGCAGGUAGCCGUGUGUACGUUCAGGAAUCAAUCUAUGAUGAAUUCUUGAAACGCUUCAAGGAAUACACAAGCAAGACUAAAUUGGGUGAUCCCCACGAUGACGACACUUUCCAAGGACCACAAAUCUCUCAAACUCAGUUUGAACGUAUUAUGGGCUAUAUCGAAAGUGGAAAGAAAGAAGGCGCUACGUGUUACAUGGGCGGUCAGCGUUGGGGUAAUGAAGGUUAUUACAUUGAACCCACUGUCUUUACGGAUGUUCGUCAAGACAUGAAGAUCGUUCAAGAAGAAAUAUUUGGUCCUGUUGUCACUGUUUCUAAGUUUAAGGAUAUUGAUGAUGUCGUCCAUAUGGCUCUUGAUACUGAAUAUGGUCUUGCUGCUGCCGUAUUUACUCAAAACACCGCUCGUGCUGUUGAUAUCUCAAACCGUCUUCAGGCUGGUACCGUCUGGAUCAACUGUUAUAAUGAAUUGGAUUACAAUACUCCUUUCGGUGGUUUCCGUCAAAGUGGUAUUGGUCGUGAAAAUGGUGAAUAUGCAUUGGACAACUAUAUCCAGGUCAAGACUGUCAAGAUCAACAUUAACCGUCAACCUUAAGUCCAAAGUCAAGCUUAAGUCCUGAAAAAAAGUCCUUUUCCUUUUCUUUCUUUUUUUUACCCCUAUUUAUUUUGAAAAUAAAAAUAAAAGAUAGCACGCAUUCACUUUGAAUGACAGGUCUAUAUUUUGUAUGCAAAAGAAAAUUCGUUGGCCUUCCUUUUAUCAAUAUUAUAAAUAGAUUUUACAGG